AUGGUGUCGCCUGGGACGAGCCUAGUGGGUCUGGGGCUCGGCGGGGGCGGGAACGCGAGCGGGGGCGGGGGAGGGGGUGCGCGGUAUAGGGCACCGAGGCCUCCACUGGACGUGGCGGGGUAUCCGGUGGCGCCGAGGGAGCUGGAACUGGAGCAGGUGCAUGUUUAUGUGAGGCAUGGCGAACGCACGCCCGUCUCCGUGCGCAUGUCUGACGCCCCCGCGUCCAUCCCCGAACACUGGAUCAUGUGCAAGCAGGCGCGCCGCUUCCGUGCGGCCGUCGCGGGGCGCGACCCGCACAGCCCCGGAGAGCUCGACGUGCAGCGCGUCGUCGAGCGCGCGGACGGGGAGGCGGUCGAGGGCGAGUGUCUGCUCGGGGAGCUGACGGAUGUGGGGAGGCAGUCUACGUACAACUACGGCCGCGCGCUGCGCGAACUCUACGUCGACAGGCUGGGCUUCCUCCCGGACACGCUCGCGCGCGCAAACGACGUCUAUUUCCGCUCGACGAACCUCCCGCGCACGAUCGAGUCGCUGCAGCAGAUCGUCCACGGGCUCUACCCCACGGCCAAGCUCGAGAGCGUCGUACCCCAGGUCCGCAUCCGGAACGGCCGCGACGAGAAUCUGCUCGGCAACACGCUCUCCUGCUCUCGCCUCGGGCACCUCCUCCUGAACUUCGCAAACGCCGCUGCCGCCGCGUACAACCACACGCUCGAGCCGCUGGACAAGAAGGUCGCCAAGUACCUCGGAGGGAACCCUAUCCGGCUUGACGGGAAGCCGCGCGCGUCUGGCGUGCUCGAUACGAUACGCGCGGCGAUGGCGCAUGGGGUCAAGGUGCCGCCUGAGUUCGAGGAGCGGAGCGUCAUGGACCCGAUUGAAAAAGCCGUCGUGAACGAAUGGUUCGCAGGGUAUAAAACCGAGGAGGUCCGCCGGCUCGGCAUGGGUCGGCUCCUCGCGGACCUGUCGCGCAAGAUGCAGCUCAAGGCGCAAGAGCUUCCCGCCAGCACGAGCACGAGUGCCGGCGUCGUCGACGAGCAGGCGCGCACGCCGAAGAUAUUGAUCCAUAGUACGCACGAUACGGCGCUCGCGGGGCUCGCGAGCGCGCUGGACGCGUUCGAUGACAGGUGGCCGGCGUUCACGGCGUCCAUCACAUUCGAGCUGUUCCGCAAGAGGGAAAUACAGGAGCCUGAUGCCGCCGCGCCUGCGGCGCCGAGCCAGGAUCGAGCCCAUGUGCGGGCGCGGUACCAGAAUCGCACGCUCGUGCUACCGCUGUGCGCGGACGAGGGCAAGCAUAUGGCCGGCGCGCCCGAGUUCUGCACGCUUGAGGCGUUCGUGGAACGUGUCGACGAGCUCACGCCGAGAGAUUGGGAGGCGGAGUGCGCGGCGGGAAGCUGA